AUGGUGAUCGUUGGUGCUCGUGGCCAAAGUGCCUUGAAAGGAGUUCUUCUGGGUUCAUUCUCUAACUACCUACUUCAACACUCCUCCGUCCCUGUUAUGGUCGCUCGUCGCAAACUCAAGCGACACAAAAACAUAAAUGCGAAUUUGCGCCUCUCCAACAAUCUCCGAACACCGAAGAGUCUUACACAAGCAAAAGUGGACUAA